CACAGAGCGAGGAGGGAACCUGAGGACUCCUCACACAUUUAAGCACUUUGAGUCUGACAGGAGGCCAGGCACCUCCACACUAAGAGGAUCUUCGACGCCAGGGUGGCACAACCCUUCUUUCCCCAGCACAGCGGGCAGAUCGGGCAGAUUACAAGCAGCCCAGCCAGUCCACACCAGCUUCUGUGUCCCCAUUCAUCUUAAAUAAGGACACCAUCUUCUUUUACUGUUCAAGAAAGAAGUGUCUCUGUCAUACACGGGGGGAAAUGCUCUUUUGGCUGUUAGCCCUCCUGAUCCUUUGUGGUUUUCUAUGGCAUUAUAAAGGACAGCUAAAGAUCACAGACAUCACUGAUAAGUACAUUUUCAUCACCGGGUGUGACACUGGCUUUGGAAACUUGGCAGCCAGAACUUUCGAUAAAAAAGGAUUUCAUGUAAUUGCUGCCUGUCUGACUAAAUCAGGAUCAACAGCUUUGAAGGAAGAAACCUCAGAAAGGCUCCAAACGGUGCUUCUGGAUGUAACUGACCCAGAAAGUGUCAAGAGGACUGCCCAGUGGGUGAAAAACCAAGCAGGGGAGAAAGGUCUCUGGGGUCUGAUCAACAAUGCUGGUGUUCUCGGCGUGAUGGCGCCCACCGACUGGCUGACAGUGGAGGACUACAGAGAACCUACUGAAGUGAACCUGUUUGGACUCAUCAGUGUCACGUUAAAUAUGCUCCCCUUGGUCAAGAAAGCUCGAGGGAGGGUUAUCAACGUCUCCAGCAUUGGGGGUCGGCUUGCAUUCAGUGGAGGGGGUUACGCUCCAUCCAAGUAUGCAGUAGAAGCCUUCAAUGACAGCUUAAGGCGGGACAUGAAAGCUUUUGAUGUGCACGUCGCAUGCAUUGAACCAGGAUUGUUCAAAACAGAACUGUCAGAUCCAGUAAAGACCACCGAAAGAAAACUCACCAUUUGGAAGCAUCUGCCUCCAGACAUCAAACAACAAUACGGAGAAGGCUACAUCGAAAAAAGUCUAGACAAACUGAAAGGCUCUACAUCCCUUGUGAACAUGGACCUCUCCCUGGUGGUGGAAUGCAUGGACCACGCUCUCACAAGUCUCUUCCCUAAAACCCAUUAUGCUGCUGGAAAAGAUGCCAAAACUUUCUGGAUUCCUCUGUCUCACAUGCCAGCAGUUUUGCAAGACUUCUUAUUGUUGAAACAGAAAGUAAAGCUGGCUAAUCCCAAGGCAGUGGGACUCAGCUGACCACAAACGCCUGCCCCAGGCUAUGAGAUUGGCUGAUUCCAAGGACACAUCUCCUUCUCCAUCUCAUUCUUUACCUAAUCCAACCUGGACUCAUUUAGAUGAUGCUUCUGUUGGUAAAAGAAGAGAUCCCACCAUCACUGAUGAUGUCCCAGGGUCCCUUUUCAAACUUUAUUUGAAAAGAUGGGCAGGUAUGACACCUGCCCGACAUUUAGGCUUUGCCUGCUUGGUAUGAUGUAAGGAAAAUGGGAAGGCUUUCCCAUCCAAAAUGAUCUCCACGCCUUGCCUGCCCCAUGCUUCUAGUCCACAGCACUUAAAAGUAAUUCCUGAAUGUUAAAUAUUUGUCCCUUAUCAAAACAUUGAGAGAUAAGU